UCUCUCUGUCUCUCUCUCUCUCUCGCACUCUGUGAUCCGAUACAAAGCGAGGAAGGCAGGAAGAGAAGGGAGGACAGCCAAAAUGACGAGGAGAGAGAACCCCGACGUCCACGACAACAUCCCCACUACCACCCCCGCCGCCGCCGCCACUGCUCCCUCGGCUGCCAAGCAGCCGGCUCCUGUCGCCAAGGGCCCCGACGGCCACUCUGUCCUGAAGAGAUUGCAGUCGGAGCUCAUGUCCUUGAUGAUGUGUGGGGAUCCGGGGAUAUCAGCCUUUCCGGAGGGAGACAACAUCUUUUGUUGGAAAGGGACCAUUCAUGGCAGCAAAGAGACAGCGUACCAAGGCAUGGUCUACAAGCUCUCCUUCGCCUUCCCCACUGACUACCCGAUGAAGCCUCCAAAGGUGAAGUUUGAGACCGCCUGCUUCCAUCCCAACGUCGACGUCUACGGCAACAUCUGCUUGGACAUUCUUCAGGAUAAAUGGUCAUCUGCGUAUGAUGUGAGAACCAUUCUGCUGUCAAUCCAGAGCCUUUUGGGAGAACCCAACAAUGAGUCGCCUCUCAACACCCAAGCAGCAGCACUUUGGGUGAAUCAAGAGGAGUUCAGGAAGAUGGUGGAGAAGCUGUGCAAGCCAACCUAGUUCAUGCAAUUUGUUGCAACUAUGUAUCAGUAGUCCCACGUUGGGGAGAGGACAGAGCACUCAUGUUCCAUUCAUUCAUUGUUUCACCUCUCUCUCUCUCUCUCUCUCUCUCUCUCUCUCUCU